AUGGCGGGUACUUCUAAUCUGACUAAAGCUCAGCGUGCUAUGCAGCGAGCUGUACAGCGACCACGUUUCAUGCGUGAUCGUCAUCUUAAAUCAAUUACUGAUAUUCAUUCACUCGCGAUGCAAGUCGAGUCGGGCGUUGUCGAAAAGUGUGAGCUCGAUGUGCGUAUUGAGUCGUUUGAGACAAUUGUUUCGAAAUUUCGUUUGGAACAGGAGGCCGUUGUCGAUGUACUUAUUAUGCAUGACUGUAUCGAGCAAUUCGAUGAAGUCGAUGAACCUGUCUCCAAGGCCGUCGAAGAAAUGUAUUUUAAUGUAAAACAUAUCAUAUCUCGUUUAUCAAAAAAAGAUUUUCAAUCGACUACGAUAGCUGCACCGACGCUAAGCGCUUUACCGAAAAUUGAAUUGCCAAAAUUUAACGGCGAUAUUUUGUCUUGGUCUCUUUUUCGAGAUACAUUUUUGUCUGCUGUUCAUGAGAACCCGGAUUUAAGUGAUAUACGACGGUUUCAAUAUCUUUUAAUGUGCGUAACGGGAUCGGCACUUACCAUCGUUAAAACGUUUCCGUUAUCGGCGUCAAAUUAUAAUUUAGCGUGGGGAGCGUUAUUAAAUCGUUUCAAUAAUCAACGACUAUUAGCUACCGCCCACGUUGAUAAACUGUUUACUUUUAAACCAAUAGCGCAAGAAUCAUUAUCUGCCCUGAACGCGUUUGUCAACGUUUUUCGGGAAAAUAUUGCCGCCAUAAAAGAACUCGGAGUCAAGGACCUGGUCGGUUUCAUUCUAUUUCACCUCGCUUCAAAGGCACUAGAUCCAGCUACUCGUCGGUCGUUCGAAAUAAGUUUGGCGCCGAAUCAAAUGCCUGAUUUUGAUUUAUUAUUAGAAUUUGUUCAACAACGCUGUAAAGUUCUCGAAAACAUACAAGGUCCCGUGAGAGCUGAAAGGGCCGAGAAGAAUGUUACAACCGGUAAAUCUCAUCAAGCUUCAAAAUCGUUUAUGUCAACUACGUACGAUAAAUCGGUUAAUCAAAAACAGUUUAAAUGCGCGUUCUGCAACGAAGCUCAUACUAUCUAUCGCUGCGUGGCUUUUCAGAAAAUUACUGUCGAAAAGCGUCGAGAUUUUGUAUCUACCAACAAGUUAUGUUUUUCAUGUUUGAGUACGAUGCACAUGAUAAAUAAAUGUUCUUCAAAGUCAAGUUGUCGAAUUUGUCAGAAACGACAUCAUACUUUAUUACACUUGACAACGUCAACUUCAAACACCACGCAAGUUUCGGAUCAAACAAAUAUCAACGUCGGGGGUGAAUCUACUCCUGCGUCUACUAGUCAAGUGCAAUUUUCUGGAACCUCACGAACGAACUCUAUGGUAGUACUUGGGACAGCGGUUGUCCGUGUUAAGGACAGUUGUGGUGUUUUACAUUCUGUAAGAGUUCUUUUGGACAGUGGUUCACAAAUUUCAGCCAUCACCAGUAGUUGUGUGUCACGCAUAGGUCUCACCAAGCACAAAUGUUUUACCGAAAUUGUUGGUCUUGCACAAAAUCCUGUUGCAAAAAUAAAAGGCGUGACCAAUUGUCAAUUUAUUCCACACCAUAGUACAAAGAAUAUAUUUCAGUGUAGUGAUCUUUUCAUUUUACCUUUAAUAACCGACGUCAUGCCGACACUACAGUUACCACCAUGCAUUCGAAAAAAUUAUGAACAUUUAUUGCUCGCUGAUCCAAACUUUGACGUUCCAGCGCAGAUAGACAUUUUACUUGGUGGUGACAUCUUUCCAAAUAUUGUUCGUCCACGCGCCGAUAUUAUUCAUUCUUCUGGCUAUCCAUCGGCGUUUGAUACCCUCCUCGGCUGGGUGGUGUGCGGUGCUAUUUCACAGCCCAAUUCCUCGCCAGCUGUUUCACUAGCUGCAACUUUGACUCCGUCUGUUGAUAAUUUACUACGCAAAUUUUGGACUGUCGAAGAACCCGCUGUGCCAGCGUUACCUACCACUGAGGAUCAGCUGUGCGAACAAAUGUUCGUGACGACCACCUACCGUGCUCCGUGUGGUCGAUUUUGUGUUGCUCUUCCGUUUCGCCCUAAUGCCCCCGAGCUCGGUGAGUCUAGAGCUUUGGCCCUUAACCGUUUUUAUAAUCUAGAACGGAAACUGAUGAAGGAACCACAAUUAUACACAGCUUAUCGCAAAUUUAUGAACGACUAUCAAACACUUGGCCACAUGGAAGUUGCACGUCAAGCUGGAAAAUAUUUUAUUCCUCACCAUGCAGUACUGAAGGCAGAUGGUGAUAUUUCAAAGCUUCGAGUAGUUUUUGACGCCUCAGCCAGGUCGUCUUCUGGUUUGUCGCUCAAUGACGUCCUAUAUACAGGACCAAAGCUCCAGACAGACAUCAGAGACAUCCUUUUGCGUAUUCGAUUACACCGAUAUAUUUUCACCGCUGAUAUCGUAAAAAUGUAUCGACAGAUUAUGAUCAGACCUGAAGAUCGACCAUUCCAACAUAUUCUUUGGCGUGAUUCACCCGAUGAAGAAAUAAAAGAGUUCGAAUUACUGACGGUAACAUAUGGGGUUAGUUCCGCACCAUAUUUGGCCAUUCGAUGUCUUCAUGAGUUGGAUGCACAAGAAGGUCAUCGAUUUCCACUUACAAAAGGAAUUCUUACAGACGCCACGUAUGUGGAUGACAUAGUCGUUGGUGCCGAUUCGGAAGAGGAAUUAUUGUCACUCCAGAAACAAAUUGUUGCCCUUUUGCGUUCCGGUGGGUGUGAAUUGAAAAAAUGGACGAGCAACUGUCCUCUGAUACUGAAGCAGGUGCCAUCGGAGGACUGUGCUCAGCAGACGUCAUUCGAUCCAAAGGAGGAUCAUUCUAUCAAGGUUCUCGGUCUGUACUGGGAUACUGAUUCUGACUACUUCGCUUAUCAUACUCGCACUCCGGAACCUCAACUAUCAAAGCGGAAGGUACUAUCCGUUAUCGCUCGAUUAUUUGACCCAAUUGGCGCCUUGGGCCCAAUGCUUAUGUGGGCAAAGGGGUUCAUGCAGAAGCUUUGGCAUGACCAACUCGACUGGGACACUCCACUACCCGAGAAUCUAAGCACGGCUUGGAACCAGUUUCUGAUGGAGUUACCAACCAUACAUCAAGUCACCUUGCCUCGUUACAUCAAUGUUCAGUCCUACUCUGAUAUCCAGCUCCUCGGGUUUGCAGACGCAUCAUCGAAGGGUUACGCUGCUACUAUUUAUCUACGUGUUGUCCACACCUCUGGAAAUGUGACCGUUCAUUUUGUGUCCUGCAAGACAAAGGUUGCUCCAAUUAAAACGUCUCAGCUAGAUGAAUCAUUAUCCAUACCUCGUUUAGAAUUAUGCGCUGCGUUGCUAUUGGCCCAAUCACUGUUUCACAUCCAAGAAGUUCUCUCAACUUCAAUCAAGAUUUCUCAAGUACGUGCGUGGACGGACUCAUCAAUUGUCCUUUCGUGGUUGUCGACUGAACAAAAAUAUUUUAAGAUAUUUGUCACACAUCGCGUUGUAAAGAUUCAUGCUCUGGUUCCUAAGUGUCACUGGGGUCACGUUCGUACACAUGAAAACCCUGCCGACCCGGCGUCACGAGGACUUCUACCCACCACCAUGGCAUCGUCGUCACUACAUUGGAACGGACCAGAAUUUUUAACACGUCCUGAAGAAUACUGGCCACCGUCGACAUUCACUCCAAUGCCCCUAGAUGAUUUGCCUGAGACCAAAGCCGAUACAACAACCGUUCUACAUGUCACUAAAGUUCAUCCAUCUAUUGAACCUUUUCACCGGUUUUCAUCUCUGAUUAAAAUGCAAAGAGUUCUGGCUUAUUGUAUCCGUUUUAGUCCUCGAUCUAGGCAUCGACCUGUUCUAACUGGACCUCUCACUAGAGCAGAGUUAAACUACGUCUUAAUCAUUGCCGUAAAGGAGACGCAAAAGAUAUAUUUUUCUAACUUGUGGAAGCAGCUGACUACAUCGCAGAUGAUAACUCCCGCUUCGCUGGCUCAACUUGCCCCGUUUGUUGAUAAUGACGGACUUAUUCGUGUUGGAGGUCGUCUUCGAUAUUCAGCGUUAAACGAAGAUGCAAAACAUCCUAUUCUUUUGCCACACUCUGCCCAUGAUGGAACUUACAAAAGACCAGUUGUUAAACUGGUUAAGUUGCCGGUAGAUCCAUAA